AUGGCUGAGGAUGCAGCUGACCUCCCUGGUGAUUGGGCCACGAUGCCUGCGGACCUGCUCGACAGAAUCAAACAGAUACUGGACGCCAGUGAGGGGCGAGCAUGGCAGAUGACCAAGCAUGCACGGCUCGUCAACCGACACUGGUGCAGGUGGGCCGAGAAGGCCAUCACCUCCGUGGAGCCGACCAAUGUGGUGUCCCUGGACGUGGUGGUGGACCGCAUCGCACGCACCUUCACUCGGGUACGCUGCCUGAAGCUGCGGCGGGCCCAGGGGCCCGGGGAUGGCGGCCUGCCUGCCCUGGAGCGCAUCCAGGCCACCCUGCGGGCCCUGGACAUGAGCAGCUGCUCCCAGAUGACCGAUGCUGGGCUUGAGUGCGUGGGGCGGCUGGCUGAGUUGACAGAUCUCAGUGUGAGGCUGUGCAAGCAGAAGGUGACGGAGGAGGGGCUCAUGCACCUGGGCAGGCUCACCAACCUUGCAAGCCUGGUGCUGUGUGAGUGCGUGAGCGUCAGCGAUGCCACCCUUGAGUCGUGGGGGGGCCUGCAGCGGUUGACACGGCUGAGCAUGGCGCGCUGCGAGCGGAUCACCGACGAGGGGCUGCGCCACCUGGGGAAACUCGCCUCACUGACGCAGGUCCGGCUAAGCGUCGCGCACCGGCCCUCGGGCUCCGGCCUGGAGGAAUGGAGCUCGCUGCGCUCCCUCACCCAGCUCGAGCUGCCGUCCUUCCGCGGCUUUGGCAGCAUGGCCCUGCGGCACAUGUCCAUGUGCCCUGGCAUCGCCACCCUCACCCUCUCCGACUGCCGUCGCAUCGAGGACAGCGGCCUAGCCAGCCUGCGGGCCCUCAGGGGGCUCACCUCCCUGGACCUGUCCUGCUGCACCAGCAUCACUGACGUUGGGCUGGAGCACCUCGGCAAGCUUGUGUCCCUCAAGACGCUCAAGCUACUGUGCUGCAGCAACAUUACGGAUGCGGGCCUGAAGGACCUUGGCCGCCUGACGCGGAUCACGGAGCUGGACCUCACCCUGUGCAAGAACAUCACCAACGCCGGGCUGUGGAACCUGGGCAACAUGACGCGGAUGCGCAAGCUUGACCUGUGCUGGUGCGGCCACAUAUCGGACAUGGGCCUCAAGGUGCUGGUGAAGCUGGCGCGGCUGAAGGUGCUUGACUUGUCGUGGGCGCCCAGCCAGGGGGCCCAGGCGCUCCAGGCGCUGGUGGACGAGGACGGGGACGUCACCAUUGUCAAGAGGCCAGUGGCGUGA